GCUGCAGAACAGACGGAGGAAAACACAAAGCUUGAACUCAAAGGAAACACUGGAUUUCUGACAGCAGGCCCUAUACUACGAAGCAGGAUUUUGGUUUGUCCAGGUCGUUUCAGGGUUAACCCCCGGGUUUUCUGCACUACGAAGGCGGCUCACUUUUACUGGGUGCCAUCAUGGCAGCUCCCAGGAUCUCUCGCUCCACUUCGUCUGCUUCCAGUCUGACCUUCGAUGAUUAUUCUCUCUAUAGUAAUCUGAGUGAAGAUGAGCUGCUGCAGCUCGCCAUUGAGCGCAGCCUGACCGACACACACCGCAACACUGCCGCCGCCAACACCACCAUUGCCAACACCACCAUUGCCAACACCACCAACAUCUCUAGCCCUGUCCGGCCUCCUCAUUGCUGUGACAAACUGAACCCAGCAGCCAGAAACACAAACCAACACAGUCACAGCUCCCAUAAUUCUCCCCCAGUCCAGACCACAGCACACUACAGUUCACCGAACCCUCCAACCGAGAAGCCUCCGGAUCCGAAGACAUUUGAUGGGACAAUCAGUCUGUUUGUGACGGGUUCUGGGAAGAGGAUGGUGGCAUAUCGCAGACAUGAUGGCAGUCUGGUCCACUUCUGUCCAGAGCCUGAAGAGGAGGAGGAGCCUUUGUUCAAAGCAAUCCGUGAAGGUGAUGCGAGCAGAGUGAAAGUGCUUGUGAUGUGCCCAGCAACAAACCUGAUGCUGCCGAGUAAACCAGGCUGGCUGGCAGUUCACCAGGCAGCGUGGUUCGGCAAGGAACCUUGUCUGCGCAUGUUGCUGUCUGCUCAGCCUGGGAUGAUCAACAAGAGGACUGAGCGCGGUGAGACGGCACUACUGGUUGCCGUCAGCAGAGAACAUCUGGAAUGUGUUGAGGUGCUUCUGGGAAGAGGAGCUGAUCCUGACAUCCCAAACUAUGACAAAGAGACACCACUGUAUAAAGCCUGUGAGAGGAGUAACCCAGCAAUCGUGGCGCUGUUGCUGAACCAUGGAGUUGUGGUGAACACUCGCUGCAUUCAGGGCUGGACAGCGCUGCAGGAAGCCGUGGGCCGAAACAACGUGGAGAUCUGUGAGAUGCUCCUGAAGGCCGGCGCAAAACACAACAUCAGUAACAUGUAUGGCAUCACGCCACUGUUCACCGCUGCUCAGAGCGGGCAGCUCACCACACUUCGCUUUCUGCUUAAACACGGUGCUGACAUCAACAGUCAGGCAGCUGAUGGUGCCACACCUCUGUACGAAGCCACUAAAAAUGGACAUGAGCAAAUUGUUGAGCUCCUGAUUUCCCAGAAUGCUGAUGCCAACAAACCAGGAAAGAGGGGAUUGUUACCGCUUCACAUUGCUGCUCAGAGAGGAAGUGACAUCAUAGUCUCAAUGUUGAUCCCGGUCACCAGUAAGGCCAGAGUCCGGCGAACUGGCAUUAGCCCGCUGCACAUGGCAGUGGAGCGUAACCGUGAUGACGUCCUGGAGACUCUGAUUGAGGCAGGCUUUGACGUCAACGCUCAGCUAUCAGAGGAACAGUCACAGUUGUACGAGGAUCGCCGCAGCACGGCACUCUACUUUGCUGUCAUCAACAACAACAUCAAUGCUGUCCGAAUGCUCUUGGCUGCGGGUGCUGACCCAAACCUGGAUGUGUUCAAGCCUCUGAUGGUGGCGGCAAGGCAGGGCUGCAUCCAGACAGUCACCCUGCUUGUGGAACACGGUGCUGACAUCAAUGCCACCAUCCCCACCCACCCCACCACCUUCCCUGCUGUCUACAUGUUCUCCAUGAAGUACCUGCCCAUGUUCAAGUACCUGCUGGACCACGGAGGCCACGCCCUCUCCUGCUUUGAUUGCAUGUAUGGCAGCCGGCCUCACCCACCAAUCAAAACCAGCCGAUCAGAGAGGGAUGAAGUCCAUGACGACAACCUGGCCCUGUGGAGAAGAGGCGUUCAGUUCUGUGAGAUGGUCUCCGUCCCCAGUAUCUGUCGGUGGGCAGGGCCAAUCAUUGAUGUCCUAUUGGAUUACGUUGGCCAUGUGACGCUCUGCUCCAGACUGAUGGAGCACCUUGACAGUUACUCUGAAUGGAGCAGCAUCAAGGAGAAAGCAGCUCCACCACGGCCAUUGCUGCACCUCUGCAGGCUGCAGAUUCUGCAGCUGGUUGGUCGCCGUAGGUUGAAAAAGUUACCACUUCCAGGAGGUCUGAUCCGCUUCCUACAGUAUCAAGAUCUGUUGCAGGAUGACUGCUGAUGUUUAUCCAUUGAAUGGUUUGACUGAGAGGUAUUAUCAGCUCUGAUUUGUGAUCGAUCUCCUGAUGAUGCUGCAGACAGUAUGCAGUUUUGUAAUGCUGAUCUUAAAGCUGCAGGAAUCUUUUGUUUUUGUUUGCCUUUUGAGGAAAAGAAAUGUCACAUGUAAACAACAGGAGGCACUAUAAUUAUUACAAAUGCACAAAAUGCUUCAUAUCAUAUUCUGUAGAUGCAUCAGACUGGUGGGAGAUAAUUCUCUGCAAAUUUCUUGUGAAUAACUGUAAUGCAUAAAUGAAGCUUUGUACAUUGUUUGCUAGCAGGAUGACAUUGCAUUAUUGUAGUUUGAUAAGCAAGAAAUCAGUUUCUUAGAAAAAAUUUUGUGUCAAAUUUCAAGUUAAAUUGUUGUGUAUGAUUCAAGGGGCAGCACAGUGGUGUGGUGGGUAACGCUGCUGCCUCACAGCUAGAAGGUCAGGGUUCAGAUCGACCUUGGCCCGGACCUCUCUGAGUGGAGUUUCCAUGUUCUCCCCAUGUUUGUGUGGGUUUUUUCUGGUUUCCUCCCACAGUCCAAAGACAUGCAAUUAGUGGGGUUAAGUUUCCUGUUCAUUCUAAAUUGCCCACAGGUG